CACGAUAUGGACUUUAGUACUUAUUACAUAUUAUAAUAUCGUUUAAAUAUUGUACUCAUUGCUGCGCUUGUGAAUUGUGAUUUCGCACGUCACCUAGUUACCUUAAAAUUUCGUUUUUUCGAUAACACGCGAUACCGGCGAGCUGUUUGUCGUGUAUGUAACAACGUUUAUCGCUCAAUCCAUUUGAUAGCCUUAAAUCAUUCGGUCGUACAUUACAAGUUUUAGCAAUGGACAACAACAUAAAUGGAGACGUCGAAGACAAUGGAAGCGAUCUUCUUGCCGAAGAGUUGGCAAAACUCCAACGACAGUACAUGCUUAUGGAGAGCAACAAAAAAGCGUAUACCGAAGAAAUGGGCAGUCAUUUGGCCAAACAGAAAAAAAUCAUCUGCAGUUUGGAACAAGAAAAGGUAAAUCUGGUGGAACACGUGAAUAUGACUAACAACAAACAAAAGGAAACCAAUGAUUUGCGUUUAAAAGAAUGUUUGGUCGAAAAAUGGAACGAGUACCUGUGCAUUAACGAUGAGCUGACAGAUCAAAAAAAGUGCCACGACGACAUCGAAAAGGAAAUAUUAAAAAUUCAAAACGAACUCGACCUAAUAUUUAGACAAAGAGAACCCUCGGCGGGCAAAUCAAAAAACAAAGUCGAAUGCGAUCUACAAAGACACGAAGAACUACUAGAGAACAAAUUGCACGUGAAAACCGUCAAGUUCAAUAAGGUUUUGACGGAGAACGCCCGUUUGAGAAACGAAAUCGACAAUUUGCUCGUGCAAAGGUCGCAGUUCAACGAAGCGUACAAGACUCUGACCGCGCGUUUGGACGACAGCAAACAGAUAAUGAUGGACCUAAUAGAAAUGGCCACGACGGCGUACGAACAGAGGGAAGAUGCUCAAAACCGGUUGAUCAACAUGAGUGACGAAGACAAACAACAGAUCGCUCUGCACAAAGCCGAAGUCAAAGAGUUGCAGAGGCAAUACGACCGUGAUUUAAAACUUCAAGAUUUCUUGUCUAUCAAAGGACAACAUCGCGUGCUCAUGGAUUUUGAACGUAAAGAAGAAGAGAAGAAACAAAACGAAUUGGGAAAUCGAAAGGAACAAGCAGAAAAAUGGAUAGACUUGAUGGGGUGGCUGCAAAUGUACGUGGGCGAGAGCAACAUCGAUAGGAUUGUGGAUCUGUUCGUCCGGCAGGAAGAGGAGAACUUCGCGCUGUUCACGUACAUCAACGAGCUAAACAGCGAGGUAGACGACUUGCAGAAAGAAGUUGUGGUGCUAAAGGACCGAGUGCAAGAGCAGCGGGCUAUUAACGAAUCAAGAGCGUCAAAACAAGAGGAAAACAUGAACGGACUUAGGACACAUUUACAGCAGCUCGUCGACGACGCGGACCAAGAAGACGAUCGAAUAAAAACCGUACACACCGAGUUGACUGAACUCUUGAAAUCUGUCGAGAAACUAUUUCUGUCUGUCCACUGCGACCUUUCUCCGAUGUACAAGAUACUUGGUAAGAUUCGUGAUUCUUACUUGGUAAGACUCGUUUUACAUCCACGUGUGUGGGGGGAGGGGGCAAACAAAUGUAUUGCGUUGGCAAAGCCCAUUCCCCACAAUUCUUUUUACAUCUUACAAGAUUUUUACGUCAUAUUUCGUUGACACAUUGUCAUUAUACUUAAGCUUGUCUCGGGUAAGCUGAAGGCGUGGUGAAGAGUUCAUCACCCCACCACCACAUACUCAUCUACAACAAAAUGCAUUAUAGCACCAAAUAAGAAACAAUAAGGAAAUAGUAGUAGCUAAAAUCAAAAAGAAAAUAAUCACUAAUGGAUGAUACCACAAAUUAAAGUAAUAUUACAUUGAGAGAUAUUAACCUAUUAUAAAGUUAAGAACAUUAUCUGUGUAUUACUUAUACGUUGAUUUUUUACAAUAUUCCAAUUUGUCUUUGAUAUAAUGAUCGUUUUUUAUUGUUAUACUAGCACUUCGUUGCCCGUAAAAAAUUACAACUUUUGAAAUAAUUGUAACAGUUCAUUUCUUUCUGAGUGCAACUCAGCCUCCCCCCUUGUAUAAGCAAUUCGAUACUAGGCCAGAUCGCGGACAAUGUGCACAGUAUAUCAAGUAGGCAAUGUGUGAAAAUCUGAUUUGAUGCAUGCUUGUAGGUACCUAAUCUGUCCGACUAACCAUAAUGGCAACCAAAUAAUAAAUACUAAUUUCUACUAAUUAUUUCUCCUAUAACCAAUAUUCAAUAGCAACCAUUUAUAAACAAAAAUUUUCCACUGUAAAUCUCAAAAUCCCCGUUUGAGCACCUCCGGGUGGACCUAGGAGGGUGAAAAAUACUUAACAACCUAUUCUGGGUGGGCUAGGGUGGCGGAUGAGCAAUCCCCGCUUGGGCCUGAUGAAAAUUUGGGCUGCGCUUGAAUAAAUUUAGGCCGAUAACUCAUAAAUAUUUUAUUAUUAGCCCAAAAUUGGGCCACAUUUUUUGUUUCCCAGGGCCCAAUUUUAAUUCACAGUCUGCUCCUGUAAGUAUGGCUAUAGCUUAUGAGGGGUUAAGUAGUUUCUGAUCAAGAUCAGCGUAAAGAUCGCGGCAGUACCUAUGGCACCAGCCUCACUAAAAAAUCAAGAAAAUUCUAUAGUUCUUAGGUUAGAUGAGAAUAUACAAUUAUUUUCAAAUAUAUGACGAUUUAAAUAUAAAAGUAUAUUAUUAUACUAUAUUAAUUGUUAGAUAAUAUAUUAUAUACGAUC